UGUAAAAUAAAAUCUCGAACUCUGAUUAUAAAGUUUGUUGAAAGCGUUAAUGAGAAUCUUUGGAACAACUUUUAAUGCAUUAAACUAAAUUUGGAGUGCUGCGCUUGAUCCACUAACGCGAAGCAAAUGUCCAACAUGUUGCGAAUGGAAUUGGUGGGUCUUCUAUUGUUGGCUUGCACGCAGAUUUUUACGGAGCACCGCGACUUGCGAGAAUCGCGGAAUCAGUACGGUUAUCAUCAGCGAUUUCACGAUCAGGAAAGAAUGACGAGGGAAGUUCGCGUCAAGGAAGGCCGAUUACGUGGCAUGGUGGUCCAACCGAGGACCAAUCACAAUUUGCAGCUGGUCGACGUCUUUCUCGGAGUUCCUUAUGCGGAGCCCCCGGUGGGAUCCUUCAGGUUUUCACCGCCUCGUUCACCGCAACCAUGGAGAGGGGUGAGGCAGUCGCAGGAAUUUGCCCCAGUUUGCCCGCAAGUCUUGCCAAAUCUUCGUGAAGAGGUGAAACCAGGCAGGUACGAAUACCUGGAGAGGCACCUGCCGUAUUUGAGAAACCAGAGCGAAGACUGCUUGUACCUCAAUAUCUACGCUCCUCAUCAAGCCGAGGGUGAGUGCGAGCGAUCACACGAACCGAGGGGUUUUAUUGUCAACGGGAAUAGUAUUAAUGCGUUACGGAAGUUAUCGGCUUUGAUACCGCAGUAACAAAUUCAAUCUGUGAAGCCUGGCUACGUCGGGAGGUGACUUUCACUUCCGUGCCACGAAGUUAGAUCGAAAUAUGAGAAAUCCAAGUUCGCAAUUUAAUCGAACUCUCCCUAAUCUCAUUAUCAGCUAAAAGGUUACUUUGACUUAUAAGAAGUCCAGAGAGAAAUCAUCACUUUAUUUAAUUUAAUAAUCACUUUCACACCAACUAAAACCGAUUCAACUCAGGAGCGGAAUGUUCUCGCGAUUAGUUACUUGCACUGGAAAAUGGAAAAAAAAGUUUUCCAUUUUAACGAAAAGCAAACAGAAAAAGAACUGAAAUAUUUUACCCUCUGUAUAUACAUAUGUAUAUUCCGCGAACGCGAUGAUCCUCGUAUUCGAAACGCAGGCGGGCGAAAUAAACCUUCGAUAAAAAUGCCUAGUGUUGAAUCGAAAAUUUCUCGGAUUUCUCUCGCUCUAACGCAGAGAGAGAGAGAUACAACGC